AUGGGAAUCUCUGUCGCUGGUGUGGAUAAUGCUGCCGUUACAGCAGGCCGACAAAACGUUUCCUUUGCCUUUGACGAAGAACACGUUAAGCAACGCAUUGACAAGGUCGCGGCUCUUGGGCCCGGAUGGACCUUCGGAAGGGCAAACCUUGCGCCGAUGGACUUCUCCAUUGUUGCCGAGGGUGGUGGCAAUGGCUACGCAGCUGUCACCAGAGGCAGUUACAACUUGUACAAUCCCUCUGGUGAGCCCCAGGGCUAUCUUGACGUUCAUGACGAUACGCUGGACUUAACAGUUCUGUUCGAUCCUGCCACCAAUCUCCCUUACAUCAUUAGAUCCUACGAAGAUCACCCCUUUUUCGGAGAAUCCACUCACGAUCUCCUCGUCCACGACUACAACGAAGUUAAGGGAUUUCAGGUACCUCAACGAUUCAAGACCAUUUAUAACGGCAAGCAUCUCAUCGGAGAUUAUCGCGCUGACCAGACCAUCAUCAACGGUGAUCUACCAAGCGACUUCUUUGCGGUACCCGGCAACGGUACUGUCCCCGCCUCCAGUGUUCCAAAUCGAGACACUCAAUAUAGCUUCUCGGAGAUUGGAGAAACAUCUGCAAACUUCCUCUGGCCGGGUGCCUAUACCGGAACAAAGGAGUCCAUCGCCGCUUCAUUUGCUCAGCCUCUCCAAGAUCUGCCUGGGUUCUGGACCAUUAGCCCCGGCGGUGAUUUGGGAAUGAGACAAGGUCUGAUUGAGCUCGAGGAUGGCUCUGUCAUUGUCUUGGAUGCACCGCCGCAUCAGAGCAAGCUUGUUAUUGAGUGGGUUCAGGGCAAUCUUGGAAAGAACAUUACGCAUGUCUGGCCUACACACCAUCAUCACGACCAUGCCUUCGGUGUGGUAGACUAUGUCGCACAAGGCGCAAAGCUCAUUGUGCCCGAGCAUGCCGCGGGAUACUAUACCACUGUUCCUAGAGAGCAGGUAGUCUCUUACCCGCGUGGUGGUUCCUAUGUCCUCAAAGACAGCAAGAUGCAGCUUGCUCUCGUUGAUAUGGAAGCCACCAUUCACGCCGAGGACCAUGGCUACGCUCUCAUCAUCUCAUCUUGCCCAACUGAGAAGAGCUCGUCUGCGGUGUUCGAUGCGGACCAUGGAAACUUGGCAUUCAUUGAGACGUUUGACCACGCAGCAGUACAGGAGCUUCUCAACUGUCUCACUCGAGACAAAGUGCCAGGUAAUGCGCAGUGA